AUGAUAAAAGUUUAUCUUUGGAGAUUUCACGGGACGAACGUUGGCCACCUUUCAAUGUCUCUUUCCGAUAGUAUUCAUAUCAGUUUUUGGCCGCAAGAAGAACUAGAACUUAAAAGGAAGAAAAAUGCUGCAGGAGUUCAAAGCUACGAAGAUGAUGUAAAGUCAGAAGGUAGACCGGCUGACGAAAUUUUAGAACUUCCUGACGACAUUGUCAACCAGGAUAAGAUCAAGUCUUGGUGGAGCAACUAUACGACUAAUAAUCGCUACCAUCUUCUUACGAAAAACUGUGCUAAAGUGGUUCAAGAAGCCCUCAUUGUUGGUGGAAUUUAUCAAAGUCCGAGAGUGGGCGAGAAUAGCGACAAUUUAUUUGCACCAUUUGAGGUUUUUGCCUGGAUUAAGGAAUGCAAGAAAUUGUAUCCGAUAAAACAAGAUAACAGUAUUGCUGCGCAAGUGUUUCGAGGAAUUCGAGAUUUUUAUUAUAACUCGUAGAUAAAUAUUUCUUUAUAAUACAUUUUAUUAUG